AUGAUGGCGACCCAAAUUGUAAAGAAAAUCAUCCCCUCUGCCGCCGCCCUCCGCCGCACGAAAACGACGUCCGCCCAGUACGUGGCCUCGAGGUCCCGUGACCCCACCUUCGAGAAGUUGAUGGACAAGUACAAGAACCUCCUCAAGGUCAUCUCAAUACAGGACCUCAUCCUCGCCUCCACCUCCGACCCGCCCGCCGUCUCCCUCGAGUUCCUCCACCGCCUCUCCCAGCGCCUCCACCUCAACCGCGGCCCCGCCGUCUUCCUCCGAAAGUACCCCCACAUCUUCCGCGUCUUCAACCACCCCACCAAGCUCCAGCCCUUCUGCUCCCUCACCCCCGCCGCCCUUGAAAUAGUCCAUCUCGAAUCCCGAGCCAUAGACAACUCUCUCCCACUCGCCGUGACCCGAUUGGUCAAGCUCCUGUCCAUGUCCCUCACCCGAAAGCUGCCCCUCAGAGCCGUUUUCAAGGUCUGGCGAGAAUUAGGGCUGCCCGAUGACUUCGAGGGCUCCGUGAUCUCAAGGAAUUCAGACGUUUUCUCUCUUGAAGAUGGAAACGAGCCCAAUACCCACAUUCUGGUGCUCAAAGAUAGUGACGAAUUUAAAGAUUGUUUGGUUCCUGCUGUCGACAAGUGGCGGGCCAUGGAAUGUUGCAAAGAGGAUUGUAGCAUUGUAGAUGGGACCGAAUUAAUGUACGGUUUCAAGCACGGGUACCCGCCCGGGAUGCGGCUGAGGAAGGAUUUCAAGGCCAAAGUCAAGGAGUGGCAGAGACUGCCAUAUGUGAACCCUUACGAAUCAGAAGAAUUCAAGAGAACUAAAAAUGGGGUGAGGAGGAUGGAAAAAAGGGCGGUGGGGAUCGUGCACGAGUUCUUGAGCCUGACCGUGGAGAAGAUGGUGGAGGUUGAGAAGAUCAGUCAUUUUAGGAAGUGGUUUGGGAUCGACUUGAACGUGAGGGACUUAUUUUUAGACCAUCCGGGGAUGUUUUAUCUGUCGACAAAAGGGUACGCGCACACUGUAUUUCUGAGGGAGGCUUAUGAGAGAGGGCGGCUGAUCGAGCGGGACCCUGUGUAUGAGGCUCGAAUGAAGCUUUUCAAUCUUGUUCUUAUGGAGCGCCGUGGGCAGGACAGAAAUGGCGGCAAGACGAGCGGUGUGCAAUGA